AUGGUUACUGAUGUCAAGGACUCACCUCGUCCCCGGGUUAUCGAGGCCGCGAGUGCAUUGCUUCUAACCGGACUAUUAUUAUCGUCGUUUGGAGCUGCCCUUGCAUUACUCGCAGCUCGAUGGUUUGAUUUACUGAAAGAUGAAGAGGUUGAAAUAUUGGAACUCCAAUGGAGUUGUGCUCGAAGGCAACGUAAAUGUACUAAAGGAAGCGAACCUGACAACGAGAGCAAGUCACAAAUUGAUGUCAUCAUAGACGGUCAUGAAAAACACUGGAAGGACUUCCUAGUGGCAAAGGCUGUGAGCGCAACCCUUUUUGUCGUCUUCGGUGGAUUUAUCACAUUCGUGGCAGCAAUGGUCUUGUACAGCUGGGUAGCCCAUCGGUUGACCACAGCCAUUGUUACUACAGUUAUUGCUGUGCUGGGAACCUGUCUAAUUGUCACCAUGCACUUAGACUUUGAAUUCAAAGGAACUCUUCGAUACAUGUCCUUCGAGAGGAUAAGGAUUUAA